GAACUCUCCAUGCGUGUUUGAUACCGCCACAAACUGCGGGCUCCUGGGCCGCAUAAACACAUUUCGAGCCGCCGCACCUAAGUCUCUGCUUUAUAAGAUUCUUAUUCGGCUUUGUGCUUUUUGGCGCCAGACUCGUCUCGUGAAUAUACAUACUACCUCGGCCUUUAGUACCUGCAGGUCACGCUACGGUCUCGCCUCCAGUGACGGUUGGGACUGAUCGCGCCGAACAGCACCUUUGAUAUGACUGAAAGCAGCUUCCACCGGUUUCGAGAUCGGAUGCGUGGGCGGUUGGGCGAGUCGGCGAGCCCUGACGAUACUUAUGUGACGUAUUAUGAUAUCAGCCUGACGAAUGAGGAUGUUGAUACACUGAAGAAUGACUGGCUGACCGACAAUGUCAUCGCGUUUUGGGAAGAGUACCUUGAGCGCGAGGUUAUCUCCCACUACCAGACCACCCGGAUCAUCCUUCUCCGGCCGAGCAUGUCAUAUCUUCUUUAUCAGACACCUGACCCUCGCUCUUUGAGAGGCGCCCUGCCCGAAUUCAGCAGGGCGAGCCACAUAUUUCUACCCAUAAAUGACUGCCGUAGCGUUACGGAAGCCGAAGGCGGAACACAUUGGUCCUUACUUCUGGUCUCCGUCGUCGACAACGUUGCGUUUCACUACGAUUCUCUCCCGCCAGGAAAUCGGAAUGAAGCCCUCAGAGUUGCACAAAAGAUCAGUGUCCUUCUCGAUCGCGGAUUCCGGUUCGUCCAACUAGACGACUCGCCGGUGCAAGAAAAUAGUAGCGAUUGUGGCGUUUUUGUCUGCUUGACCAUGCGACACCUUUUGAUUAACCGACUGUUGAAGGCAUGCACAAGCGAAAAAGUCAGCAUGAGUCUUAGUGGCAAGAAAGUCAAUGCUUCUGCAGGCAGGAGGGAGAUGUUGCGGAUAAUCGACCGCUUCAAGAAAAAGAAGGAUCGUAAAAGAUCGCCUACUCCGAAUUCACGCACUAAAGCGUUGGCGAAGCUAUCGCUGAGCCCGUCGAGAGCUUAGUAACUAACAUGCGAUCGCAAGCCGAUACGUUUCGGUUCUCCUUUUCGCUUCACCUAGACGGAUUUUUCUUUCCCCGUACUGCUUUGCGGCGUAGGCUUGCAAAGUGGAUUGUUCGUUCCUUAUUUCGUUAUGUUUUCCUUAUUCAUUCAUUUCCCCCUUUUAUAUAUAUACGAACGAUGAGGCCGGCGAUAUCACUUCUUCACGCAUAUCUACAGUCGCAAAAUCCGUGGAAUCGUCGGAGGAAUUUAAUCAUUAGCUGAUAUGGCGUUUUUUUGUGGCGUAUCUUGGGGAUGUCGGAUCGGUAAUGGAGGGAUGGGCGCAGUUAUAGUUAGCAAGACAUGCAUGGAUAUCCAUCCGUCGUUGUUUUCUGCUGUUUAAGGGCUAGUGUUGCACUCAUGAUAACUUUCAUAGCUAAGAAGCUUGCGCUAA